AUGCCGGCUGUAGGACCUCGAGUCUCCAAAGAGGAGUUUAUGCAUGCCUUAGGGCUAAAUUCUCACAAUCCUCAGCAUGAACAGUUAUAUCGUGCCAUGAGAGAUGAAGCCAUCAUGGUCUACAACCGCAUGAACCAAGAUACCUCCGAUCUCACCGACAACCUAAGAUACGACCCCAACACCCGACCUCCCUUCUUCUGGCACCACAUUCGCCCCGAACGACAGCGCUGGGGCAUCCAGGAAAUCUGGCAAAAUGCUGGCCCGCUCACCCGUCCGCUCUUUAACCGCGGUAACACCAGUGGUGAGCACGGCCCGAAUUGGGUUGCGGGUUGGCUGCUGUACAGCGUCUUUCGGUCCAGGGAUGUGCGCAACAAUCGGAAUCGAAGAAAAGGGGAGGACCAUGAGAAUCAUCAUUCAGGCCAGGAUCCAAAACGGCCAAAACAGACGACGGACGAUACACAGGCCAAGAAGGAAUUCUAUGACCCCGUGCGGAAUGGGACGCUCUGA